AACUGUGCGCAAAAUAAAGUAUCGGGAAGACAAGCGCAAUUUGUUGAGUUGUUUUGCACUUGGUGAGAUGUGCGUGUGUUGACCGCUUGUUUGAACGUAAUGGUUUGCGUGAGUAACUGAACACUUGGCGAGGCAUUGACAAUGUUACAAACUAGUGCAAAGAUGCAUUUACGCGAGUUCGCGGCUGUCGGACUACUACUCGCGGUUUUCACUACGUUCGCCGUAGCUGCAAACGUCCAAAACGUAUGUACGGACAGCAUUGGUGCCUUGAACGGACCCGUCAUGUUCAGGCACACAUGGCAGGUGGGCCUGCCUCUAGAAAAAGGGGUGCGCUCGGACUUCAUGUACCUGUCAGUCUGCGAGCCCCUGAGCUUUCCUGACAGCUCUCCGGAGGCAGUGUGUAACGGCAAGUCUGCGUGUCGUGUGACUGAUGGCAAGGCGGAGGUGUACGCAGACUUCAGUGCUAAUGCCUCCAAUGUGGUUGUGAGUGAGGGCUGGUUGUUUGUCAAGGGGAACACAUGCACAGGAAGCUCCAAUACCAACUACAAAAUAUCCAUGAGGAUCAGCUGUGCAGCCCAUCUGGGAUCUCCGGAAUACUUUGUCGACAAGAAGUGCCAGCUGUUUCUCAUGUGGAGGACUUCUGCGGCAUGUGCUGAGAAGCCUGCACGCACAGAGGUUCCUUGCACUGUCCACACAGACACCGGCCUUCGUCAUGAUCUUUCGGGCCUCAUCAAAGACGCGGGAGGAUAUGUGGUGGAAACGACAGAUGCAGACACGACUCUGGUCAUCAAUGUUUGUUCGGACAUGCAAUCUGCCAAUGGCAUCACAUACCCAUCAAUGAGUGGUGCCUGUAUCCUGGAAGGCAAGGAGUGCAAGUCUGUCGGUCGUGUGCAUUCUGGCCUUCAGGCUAACGGCUCUAGCAUCUUCAUAGAGUAUCCACCCAGCCCCGAGUCAACACCAAGACCAGGCUGUACGACACCCCCGAGGACUGUCAUUCAGUUUCGUUGCCCACGGCGUGAACAAAGUCAUGUCCCGAGACUAAUUUCAGACUUGGACUGCCACUACUACGUCGAAUGGGAGACCCAGCAUGCCUGCUCAUUGGAUCUUCUUCGAGCUGAUCCAGCUGAAUGCAAGUUCACAAGUGAAAAACACGGCAUUGACAUUGACCUCAGCCGACUGAAGAAGGAAAAUGGUUACUACAAAACUGAAACAAACAUCAAUGGCUCAAAGGCAGUCAUCAAGUACAACAUCUGUGGCAAAGGCCUGGGAGGAGGUACAGUCCAGUGUGGAAAGAAGCGGGCCUUCAGGUCGGCUAUCUGUGUCGAGAUGAACGGGCAGUCUUUUUCGCUGGGACAGGACCAAGAACAAACACUUCAGCUCGUGGACGAAGUAGUUACGAUGAAGUUCAAGGACGGUAGCGAGUGCGGUUCAUCCGGAUCAAUGUGGUCGAGCGACGUUCAUUUUGUCUGCAACAAACGAGAAGAGGACGGCGAGAUGCAGUUCGGCUGGUUGGAUAGUAGCGCCUGUACUUACCACUUCAUCUGGGAAACGGCUCACGCCUGUCCAAAGGCUCUGGAAACUGACUGCAUUGCAGAGAAUGGGGACGUUCGGGUCAACCUCUGGCCACUUUCACGUCGUGAAGGUGGUACUCCUUGGACUGCUCUGGGCAGCUUGAAAAGUGACAAGGAAAGUGUCAUAUUGAUGAACGUAUGCGAAGGCCUUGGCAAGACAGAGGUUGGGAAGGAGUGUGGAGCCACCAGCACUGUUUGUGUAAAAAAAAGCAAUGGAAAGAGCGCCAUCUAUGGAACGCUGCAAGCUAAGCUCGUGUAUGACAAGAGCAGCAGAACUGCGUCGAUGACCUCGGAAGGUGGUCCCUGUUGGAAUGGCAAAAACCUUCGUUCUGUAAUUACUUUCAUCUGCAAACCAGGUGCCGUUUCCACAAGUCCACAGUUGGUCCGUGAAGUGGAGUCCGAGUGUCUACUGGAAUUUGAGUGGCACACUGCUCUUGCCUGCCCACGAGUGUCCCAUGUCGGUCAGGACUGUCGAGUCUACAAUGAUGCUCUGGGCUUUGAAAUCGAUCUGAACCCUCUCAAGAGCAGCAAGCCAUAUGCAUUGCAGCACGAAGGUUAUCGUUUUUUCAUCAAUGUGUGUGGCAAUGCGAGUGAAUCUCCAUGCGCUGGUGACAUCAGGAGUGCGAAUGCAUCGGUGUGCCAGGUGUCUAUUGCUGAUGGGCGCUUCUGGUCUCUUGGCCAGGCCAACACAAAGUUGACAUACAUCGACGGAAUGCUGAACCUAACUUACACCAAUGGAACCCCCUACAAUGACGCCGCCAGAACUCCGCGGUCGUCUAGCUUGACCUUUCUGUGCGACUACGAAGCCGGCAUUGGCCAGCCCGAGUUUACGGACGAAGCCAGCCGCACUUACGCCUUCGCCUGGCGCACCAGCUAUGCGUGCCCACCCACUUACUUUGUGGGUUGUGUGUACAAGGAUCGGCACACAAAUCUAAGCUACGAUUUGUCGAGGCUUAACCAAGCCAACCCUGACGGAGACUGGAUAGCAGAGGAGCAUGAGGCCAGUCUCACAAUCUUUGCUUACGUAAGCGUGUGCCGUCCACUGAAGCGUGCUCCACGGGGCUGUUCCUCCAAAGCUGCGGUCUGCAUUGUUCACUCGUACCGUAAUGGAACGGAGAGGGUGGUGAUCGCGAAUGCCGGCCAGGCACGUAAUGUUCCACGGAAUGUGUCUGACCUUCUGACGCUCGAAUAUGAUCACGGCGACCCGUGCCCAUACAAGAAGAAUGCAAAUUACAGUUCCGUUAUUCACUUCAUGUGUGACCUUAAUCAGCCCGAGCAGCUUCACUACCUGAAGGGUGGGGAGACCUGUCAGCACAAGUUCUUGUGGGUGACUCACAUGGCCUGCCCUGUGAGUCAUCUGGAGGCGCUCAACUCCUGCACACUAACGGACCGGCAGGGAACCACAUACAGUCUCUCUUCGCUGCACCUGCAGGACAGCUUCUACACGGUCACGCGUGGCGAUGUCGUUUAUGAGCUGAAUGUGUGUGGACCAGUGCACGGAGGCCACUGCUCUGGCAAGGGUAACACCAGUGUGUGCAUGGUGAAGGGCUCUUCUGCCAAGCAGCUUGCCAAAACUAACGGCAUGUCCCUGACUUCGGACGAGCCUGGCUCACUUCGCCUGACCUACGUGGGCAACUACAGCAAUCACACUGCCGCAGCCUUCAAAGUGGUCAUCGAUGCCACCUGCAACGAAGGUACCAACGGUCACCAUAUGUCUCUGCUGAAGGAGGAGCCCUCGCUCUUGGUGUUUGGCUUGUCCACACCCUUGGCUUGUGAACCAGUGCCUGCGAAGUGCGUCUUUGAUGACUUCUAUGGCUACGAGUACGACCUGACGCCCCUCCAGCUGAGCACCGGCAACUGGGAGGUGUACCACUCCAAGAGCAAUCGCCACUUCCACAUCUCCUUCUGCCAAUCACUGAACCCGAGCCCGGGCUACUCCUGUCCACCUGGUGUCGCUGUUUGCGAGACAGAUGCCCAGACGCCCACUCUGCCAGGCGUCAGUUGGGGAAAUGCAUACGGCAAGCCCACGGUUACCGGUGAUGGUACUGUGCUCGUACAGUACCCCAACGGUGGUCCCUGCGCCAACGGCCAUCGCACUCGCAAGACCGUCGUCUCUCUCAUCUGCAACGAUGAACAGGUUGGUCCCACUUUUGUGGCAGAGUCGGAGGACUGUGAAAUGCUGUUCGACUUCCAGACGCCCGCUGCUUGUCCACUGAAAAUGUCCAAAGGUUCGGACUGCCAGGUGCAGGAUCCGCGCUAUGGAUAUGUCUAUGACAUGUCUGCGCUCAAAAAUGCCUCUACAGAUUACGAGGUGCGAGCUCCUGGUUUCACGUACGUGAUCAACGUCUGCCAACCUUUGAAAUCCGCAAAGUCGGGAUGUUCGGGAGCUGCUGUGUGCCAGACUAAAACUGAGGAUCCAGAUUUCAGCGUGGAUGCCGGCAAGCCUAACAGCACGCUGGUGUACAGGAACGGCUUGGUGACCCUGACGUAUGCCCAAGGUUCAGGUGGUUGCAAAGGAAACUUCAACCGUACCUCUGUCGUCACUUUCGUGUGCGACCACUCUACGAUGGGCUGGCAAGGUCCCGAAUUCCUGUCGGAAUCUAGAGACUGCACUUACACGUUCGAGUGGCGCACCAUGUUGGCCUGCCCGCCGAUUGUGAAGAGCGAAUGCAGCGUGAUGCACGGCAAGGAUGGUCUCGUGGACCUGUCUCCGCUGUCGGAUCCCAAGAACAACUAUGUGGUGACGACGGCGAACGGGACAAAGUACGUUCUCAACGUGUGUCGCAGCGUCAUCUACGGUCCUGGUUCGGUGUGUGUGAAAACAGCUGGUGCCUGUGCUGUGCUUAAACCUCAUGUCACCCAGAACAUAGGCCAGGUUCAACAACCUCCAGUUUUUGAAGACGGCAUCGUCAAAAUCAAGUACACUUCGGGUGACAUCUGUCAUACGAGGAGCUCACGCAGCCAGCCAGUUCGUAUGCAGACAGUGAUUGAAUUUGAGUGUGACAAGAGCAUCAAGGCUGGAUACCCAAUCUUGCUGCGGGAGGAAAGGUGCACAUACUACUUUCAGUGGCGCACUGCCUACGCCUGUCCAAUGACGGAGGAUGCCGUGUACGAUGACUGCAAAGUGCUUCAUCCUCUCACCAAUGAAGAAUUCGACAUGUCUGCACUGCGUAGUGUGUUUCCUGUUAAUGUUUCUCAGGACGGAUACACUUACUUCCUGAAUGUUUGCGGGUCUUUGCCAGCAGACCUCUGUGGAAAAAGAGCGGGCUUGUGUGCCAUGGACAAUAAAACGGGCAAGGUUGUCAACUUGGGGCUGGCCAGCAAUCGGAUUCACUUGAUGCACGACGGAGUGAUGUACCUGAAGUACGACGAGGGCGACUGGUGCCCCAAUGCUCUCUUGCAACCUUACACAAGGCGAAGCACCAUGAUCCAGUUCGUGUGCGCAUCGGCCGGCCGCUCCCACCUGGGUCCACAGUUGCUUCACGUGGACAGCAACUGUGCCUACUACUUCGUGUGGUACACUGAGCGCGCAUGUCGUAGGGUGCUGCACUGUGUUGUCGACGAAGGAAAGGAGCAGUAUGACCUCUCGCCCCUUAUCAAGUCUGCAGGCAGGCACACUGUGUUGAAUUUGGUGGACCCUGGAUACAUAUACUACAUCAAUGUCUGCCAGCCUGUUCACGCCGUAGCACCUUACCACAUGCUUGCCAAUGCUGGACUCAUCAGGACAUCCAAAACGACAGGCUCAGUUGAGAGCUUGGGAGAAGUAUUCAUGGAGCCUUUUAACGACUUUGAAGGGCGCGUCACGCUUCUCUACGUAAAUGGAUCUCAGUGUGCGUACAACUCGUCAAUGUCUAACAGGGCACGAGUGAUAUUCGUGUGCGACCCAUCAACAACUGUGGAGGAGCCCACGUUGUUGGACAUUGACAAAGAAAGCUGUGUGUACAUCUUCGAGUGGAGGACUAACCUCGUGUGCCCAGAGAUUAACAAGAAAGCCGUACCCACGGAGGAGUGUACCUUCAGUAUUCCCCAGCACGGACUUAGUUUCGACCUGUCUGCCCUGAAGCCCGCCACCGGCUCUUCGUUUGAGGUGCCCGACCAAGAUGGCAAGGGAAAAUUCACACUGGACAUAUGUGGCAAAGGGACGCUUGCCAGUUCUGACUGCGACGGUGGCUCAGUGUGCUACGUCUCUGCUAACGAAAAGAGAAGCUAUGGAACACUGAGCUCAUUCACUUACAUGCAGGGUGGUCUUAAGGUCAUGUACACCAAUGGAAGCGCAUGCAAUGAAAGUGAAGCAACAAUGCACUCUGCUGCAGUGAACUUUCAGUGCGAUGAGAAUGCUGGCAUUGGCACACCUGUAUUGGAGCAUAUGCAUGCAUGCUACUCGACUUUCGUCUGGAAAACAAACUUGCUGUGCGUGCCAGACCACAGGCAGUGUGUGCUCACCUCUGGCGAUAACACGUACGACUUCGGACUUUUGGCAUCUGUGAGCCAUGUCAGAAACGUGACGGAUCCUGAAGGAAACAUAUAUUGGCUCAACGUAUGCAGUGACAUGAGUGCUGACCACCAGAAUGCUCAGUCAUGUCCAAGCUCCGCAGCUGUCUGCAUGCGUAAAAAGGACCGCAGCGGGCACGACUUCACCAUUGGGAAAGCUCAAUCACUGAAAUUGUCUGCUAUUGAUUCUAGGCGUGUCGAUAUGAUGUACGGCGGAGGGGAUCCAUAUGUCUGCCACAACCGCACCACUCAGCACCCAUCGACUCUGAUCCAGCAUGAGUGCGUGACCAGCGGAAGUAGCACUGGAGUCUUGGAGUUUGUCAGCGGCCCUACACCAGACCAGUGCCUGUUUGUCUUCAAGUGGAAGUCUAGAACAGCUUGUCCACUUGCCGAGGACGAUGUUGUGCCUGAAAACAACGGAAUAAUCAUUGAAAAGAGGCUGGGCCUUGCUAUGAACUUGUCUUCAUUAUUGAACAAUGCCUUCAACGUAUCUGAGAGCAGAGGCAAGGACAACUAUGUCUACAUGGUGAGGUUGGGAGGACCCGUUGUCACCGGCAUUCCCGGAGCGUGCACCAAGGCCAGCGUGUGCCAGACCAAGGGUGCAGCUGGUUUUUACAGGGACAUUGGCAGCUUCAGCACCAAGAAGUUCGUCGUCAGAGGAUCGGAGUUAUUGCUUGAAAUGGAGUCCUUGGUCAGCAAGUGUGGCCGUACGAAUGACAGUGUCAAGUCUAUCAUCAGCUUUGAAUGCUCUAAAUCUGCUGGCGUGGGCUCACCAGAGUUUCUUUAUGAAUCCGGAAAAUGUCAUUACCUGUUCCGGUGGGCAACAAUCCAGGUGUGCCACGAUGCUCUUGUAAGACUUGCGGAACCGGACUCGGAUCGCCUUGUCAGUCCAGCAUCUGUGUCAUCUAGCGCCACCGUUGGCAUUGUCGUUGCUGCCGUUGUGGUCUUUGUACUUGCAUCAGCAGGCUUGUACCUGGUGAGACAUAAAUUGAGGACCUUGGUUGAUCUCGCUUGCUACAAGUCCCUUAGUGGUAUAAGGGUACCGCAGUACCACUAUUCAAAGACCACAUCUCAGCUGCGAAGCACUGACGAAAAUGGAGAUACCGAACUGCUGACAUCGGGGUCCUCUCUGAACUCUGCAGACGAUCCUUUAGACACUCAUGUUUUAACGUAGGCGAUUGUGGUUUCACAUUGUCGCCUAUUUCUUCGUCAUUACAGGGCUCGUGACUGAAACCAGGGAAGCACGCCUAAUUAGACACGAACUCUCUCUACAGUUUUGAUUUCAUCGCGUAGAUUGACGAAUUCCGUGUGAGGCUGUGCAGUCUUUAGAGUCCUUUUAGCUAAGGCAUUCUUUUUUUUUUUUUCCAAUUAGGUUGUACACAGAAUGGGAACGAAUGGGCUAUGAAAAAGGAAUUGCUCCAUUGUUGUACUAGUAGCAGGGUGGAAAUGCUGGAAAAGUUUUGCGACGUGGUGCGACCAUCACGGCGCGAAGGUGUUUGAACACGUUGACUGUGAUAACAGACCUCGCAUUGAAGCGGCUGCAACACAUCGCAGCAUCUUCUGUGUUGUGAGAUUUCUAAGCAAUCCCAGCUUUACCAGAGCACAAGAUGUUUUCUUUUAAUUUCUUUGCACUUUCCUCGAUGCUAUUGGGUAGCCAUCAUUUGAGGGAUGCGGCGAAUUCCAUUUUCCUCUUUUUUUUCAUUGCCAUCGUUCUCACUUAGUUUCGAGCUAGUCUCAUGUUCUCAGUGUUAGGCUCGAGCUGGUCUCAAAGUUACUAUGCACUUGUUUUCGCCUGCACGCUUCCGUAACUAACCCUGUUAAGUGCAGCUUGCUGUUGUCACCACGCCUACCCCUCUCUUUUUGUUUAUGAUGGACUUGCCUUCUCUGGUGGGACAGUGUGCCUUGAUCUAGUCCAUGCUGACUCACGUAUACUGUACGAUAGUUUAGUGCGCUACCGCAGUCUUGUGCGCUUCUUGCCAUGUGAAAACGUACGAUAGACAAGAGGCACAAUCGCUGGCAACACUAGCCUAGAAUAAAUGUUUUCACUACUAUUUCUCAAGCCAUAGUUAUUUAGUUAAAGUACGUUUGUGGUUUUAUGCAGUUGACAUGUUUGCAUUCCAGGCUCAAUUCGCGGGAGUGCUUGGCUUUGUCAAGGUCGGCGUCAUGCGCUAGAGUAACCAAAAAAAGCAGAAUUGUUCUAUUCUCUUUUUUUUUUUAUUCUCUGCACAAGGCAUGCAGACAGAGUACAUAAUUGACUAGACUGUUACAUGUAUAUAUGCAUUUCAUGAGAGUGAGGUAUGGUUGAAUAAAUCUAAUUUAUUAUACA